AUGAGGAUAAAGAAUACACUGAACCAUCUAAAUAAGUUGAUCGAUUAUAAUCCUAACUUGAACGAAGCGCAAAAUAACCGACUUCGUCAAACUCCAUUUAAAUGGGUCUUUGAUAUGACAGACCACAUAAAGGUUAGUGGACCUUUGUUAGAAGAGUUGUUGAGUAGAUGGGACUCUAUUAUUCAUGGAUUUAGAGUAGGUUGCAAGACAGUUGCAUUUGCACCGGCAGAUGUAUGUAUUGCAUUAGGAUUACAAAUUGUAGGAACAACCGUACCUGUACCUCUUAACGAUAACAUUGAUUGUCAUGUUAAAUCAUUGUUUAAUGGAGAGGAUGUUACAAUUGAUAAUAUACAACAAAAACUUAAUGUCCUUAACACAGAACAAGACAUUGAAGAUUUUUGUAGAUUAUAUAUACUUUUUGCCUUCUUUGCAUUAUAUUUUCCUAAGAAAAGUAGGAAUGUCACUAGUGUACCAUUUAAGUUGUUGGACGACCUAAAUUUGCUUGAAACGUAUAAUUGGGGUCAAGCGGUGUAUGAAGAUUUAGUCGAAAGCAUAAACACUGCUGCUGCAAAAUACGCUCAAAGUGGAGGAGACUCGGGUAAAAAAAUGAUUCUUUCAGGUUGUUCUGCAAUUUUACAAUUGGUUGAAGAUUUGGUUCCAACCGAAGAAGACCAACAAUUCGAUGUUGUUGCUGAAGUCAUUCGACAGUCUGAAGUUAUGCAUACGAAUGAUAUUGACACCGACUUUGAUGCAACUGCUAUUUUAAGAAAACAACGAAUAUUGUUUGACCACAAUAAAACAUUUAGGGAAAGGAUUUUUAUGUUUGUGAAGGAUUUCAAACACAUGACUACUGUUUAUUUUGUCUUAAUGUGA